AUGAACAGAUCAAGAAUUUCUCUGAGACCCUUCAAACUUGCUGAUGCUGAUGACUUCUUAACCUGGGCUAGUGAUGAAAAGGUAACCCAAUAUCUGAGAUGGGAAGCCAUUAAAUCAAAGGAAGAAGCUUUGAAGUACAUCCAGGAGGUUGCAAUACCCCAUCCAUGGCGUAGAUCAAUCUGUUUGGAUGAUCGUUCAAUUGGGUAUGUUUCGAUCAAGCCGGAAUCAGGUCGUGAUAGGCAUAGGGCUCAUAUUGGUUAUGCAAUUGGCAGUGAUUAUUGGGGACAAGGGAUUAUGACUGCAGCACUGCGAAUCGCCAUAUCUACUGUUUUCGAAGAGUUCCCUUUCUUGGUUAGACUUGAGGCUUUGGUGGAAGAAGAAAAUAAAGGGUCACAAAAGGUGCUAGAAAAAGUUGGUUUUGUAAAGGAAGGAUUUUUAAGGAAGUAUGGGUUCAAUAAAGGCAAAGUGAGGGACAUGUUGAUGUAUAGCUUGUUGUCUACAGAUAAGUUUGCUUAA